GAAGUCGUUCCUCGCCCGCCUUUUUCUUCUUUCUGAACUGUUUUGUGUGUUUGCACUGAAGCAGAGAGGCAGCAAGAGACAGCAAGAGAAGAGGUGAAUAAGAAGAAGGAAGAAGAUUGAAUAUCGUCCUUGUUUGGGUUUCUUUGAGGAUUUGGGAUAUACUACAGCAACACUACUGCUUCUAUCUACGUCUUCGCCAUCUACCUGAUCUCACCAUGCUGCUAGCUCGCCAUAUCGCCCGGCGGCCGGCCUCGUCGAUCUCUGUUCUCUACAACACAUCGACCUCUUCAUCGUCAUACACCACCCUCCUCCGAUCCGACACCUCGCUCGUCCGCGCCGCCCUCCGCUCAUCUACCACCCCCUCCACCACCUCCACACGCACACCCACACCCACACCAGCAUCCGCUCGCGCGUUCCACACCACGCGCACUUCCCGCGCCGACGACGGCGGAAACCAGAACCGCAAGUCGCCUUACCAGGUCUUUGUCGACACUUUUAAGGAGGAAUGGGGGAAGUCAAAGGAGCUGCAGGAGAACAUCAAGGCUUUGCAGGACGAGACUGGGCGGAUGUCUGAGAGCGAGGCUUAUAGAAAGGCCAAGGACGCUUACGAGAAAGCGAAGACUGGAACCUCAAAAACCGCAGAAACCUUCAAAGCCGCGGGCAAAGUCGUCGGCUCGGCCGCCUCGACCGCCUGGGAAUCCCCGAUCGUGAAGACCACGCGCGAGGCCGUCAACGCGACCGCCGAGGAGCUCGACAAAGCGACCGCGCCGAUCCGCGAGACUAAAGUCUACAAGGAGGUCAAGAGCGUGAUCGACGACGGGAGUAGUCGGCGGUACGGCGGGUUCGAGGCGCGGGAUGCGCGUCGGCGUCGGAGGGCGGAGCGGACGGCGCAGAAGAUGAAGGAGAGGUUGGAGAGUGGGAUGGGCAUGUCUAGUAAACCUAUCGAGGAGGACUUGGAGGCCGGAUCAAACGUCAUUGUUCACCCGACCGCGAAGCCGGACGAGGAAAAACCACAAUCAUCCAUCCGUCGGUCGAUAGACGAACUCAAGGAGAAAAUCGAAGAGUCCGAGAACCCGAUCGUGUCGACCUUCUACGGCAUCGCGUCCCGCGUCGGCGGCCUGUUCGCCGAGACCGAGCACGCGCAGGUGACGCGCAUGUUCAAGGACAUGGACCCCUCGUUCUCGAUGGAGGAGUUCCUGAACGAGGUGCGCGAGUAUAUCGUGCCCGAGGUGAUUGACGCCUACGUGCGCGCCGACGACGACACGCUCAAGCACUGGCUUUCCGAGGCGCCGUACAAUAUCUGGCACGCGCAGGCCAAGCAGUUUAGAGAAGCUGGUCUGUACUCUGCCAGCCGCGUGAUCGACAUCCGCAACGUCGACAUUGCGAGCGCAAAGAUCCUGCCGCCGUCGGACGUGCCCGUCGUGGUCAUCAGCUGCCGCGCGCAGGAAGUCCACAUCUAUAAAAACCUAAAGACGAACGAGAUCGCGGCCGGAACCGAGGACCAUAUCCAGCAGAGCACAUACGCGAUGGUCUUGACUCGUAUUCCGGAGGAUAUGGAUGAUCCCGAGACCGCGGGCUGGAGGGUUUUGGAGAUGGUCAGAGGCCAGACUAGAGAUUGGACUUAAGCCCUCUAUAAUGUUCUUUAUCGAUCAAGAAAAGUUGUGCAAGUGUAUAUAAGUUGCUAUUUUGGAGUGGUUCAGAACUCGUCUCUUGUCUGUAUAUCAUGAUUGGAGGAUGGAAACUAAUAACAGCAAAAGUCUGU